AUGGCCCUUCCUAUAUCCAAUACAUCAGCCGAGCCCACGCUCUACGACAUCCUGUCGCUAACCCCCAAGCACCUAGAGGGCCAGGCCGGCAUAGCCCAGCAGCAGAAGAUCGUAAAACAAGCAUAUCACCGCGCGUUGCUAAAACACCACCCGGACAAAUCAGCCAGUGGCAAUACUCCCCAGGGCAGCAGGACAUCUACCCCAACACCUUCUACUUCUACUUCUACUUCUACUUCUUCAAAGCCAGGUCCUAAACAGACAUCACAACCACGCAUCACAUACACCGUAGACCAAAUCCAGCACGCCUACGCAGUCCUCUCAGACCGCAAGCAGCGCACAGACUACGACCGGGCUCUGCGCACGGCGCCCUCCCAGCGGCACUCUCAAUCUACCUCUUCGUCCUUCCAGACGGGCGUCGAGACGGUCGAUCUAGAUGACCUGGCAUUCGACGAGCGCACGGGGGUGUACUACCGCGGCUGCCGGUGCGGCAACGCGCGCGGAUACGCAUUUACCGAGGACAACCUGGAAGAGUUCGAAGACGACGGCGUGUUGAUGGUCGAGUGUCUCGACUGCAGUCUCUGGAUCCGGGUUUUAUUCGCCGCAGCCGAGGAUCAUGAUGACGAUGACGACGGCGACGAUGACGGGGAUAAUCAUGUCGUAGCUACUACUACUACUACUGCCACCAGUCCCGCGAGAAGCGCUAGUACUACGGUUCGUGAAGCGGCCAUCACGCUAACGAUGGGAAGAGGUGCAGACGCAGUCACACCAGCAGGGGAGAGACUGGGCAGCAGCACUGGUAGGAAGUACUCGUUUAACUGGACUUUCAACUGGGGCAUCUCUUUGUCGGGGUCCGCGACGGCGGGGACUAGCACAAGCGGCUCGCGGAGGUAG